UGGGUUUCUGGGUCGCGCACCUGCAGCAGACGAAAUAUAUAACUCAGGUUUCUUGAUGCAUGCUUGAGCGCUCACACCUAACAAUUACCAGGUGUGUCAGUUUUGGAAGUAAUUUUCGAAGUUUAGUGUUGUCAAAUGUGGAAUAACAUCCGAAAGAAUGUCAGGAAGUUACAUAACGAGGUAAAUGCUGCUUGCCUGACUUGGAUCAACAGCAACAGUUUUGCAUCGUCAAAUGCCCAAGUUUUGUUCCGAUGUUCUGCGCCCCGUCAUCGUCGAACCUUCAGCACCAACUCUAUCAACGUUGAUAAAGGGUGUGUGAGGUAUUACGCGAAACACAGUUUCCUCUUUGGACACGUAAACCGGUCCUGUUUUUAUAGAAGAAAUAUCCUCACAAGCAAAACCAUGGCCUCUUCCUCAAGUAGCUGGCAGAAUAGACUGGCCCUGGAAAAGUCUCCAUAUCUUCUUCAACAUGCUUCCAAUCCAGUGGACUGGUAUCCCUGGGGACAGGAGGCCUUUGACAAGGCGAAAGCUGAGAACAAAGUGAUAUUCCUGUCUGUAGGUUACUCCACUUGCCACUGGUGCCAUGUGAUGGAGAGAGAGUCAUUUGAGAAUGAGGAAAUUGGCCGAAUCCUGAAUGAGAACUUUGUCAGUAUUAAGGUUGAUCGAGAAGAGAGACCUGACGUUGACCGUGUAUAUAUGACAUUCAUCCAGGCUACAAGUGGAGGAGGUGGCUGGCCGAUGAGUGUGUGGCUGACCCCAGACCUCAACCCCAUAGUUGGAGGAACAUACUUCCCUCCCAAUGAUAAGUACUAUGGAAGACCAGGGUUCAAAACUGUACUGCAGAAUAUUGCUGAAAAGUGGAGAACAAAGAAAAAUGACCUCGAACAAAAAAGUGAAGUUGUCAGAAGCUCUCUGUCGAAGAUGACUAAUGUCAGUGACAAGGGGGAAAAUGCUUUGCCUUCAGAGCCCCAAGUCAUGAAAUGCUUUGGUAUGCUUGUCAUCAGCUAUGAUGAGGAAAUGGGAGGAUUUGGAAAGGCACCAAAAUUCCCUCAACCAGUAAAUUUCAACUUCUUGUUCCGCUUCUAUGGGAGUAAUCGCGACAGUGAAGAAGGGCAGCAUGCCCUGAACAUGUGCAGCUAUACACUGAAGAUGAUGGCUAAAGGUGGCAUCCAUGACCAUGUGGCUCAGGGCUUCCAUCGCUACUCCACAGACAAGUUCUGGCAUGUGCCCCACUUUGAGAAGAUGUUGUAUGACCAGGGUCAGCUUGCUGUGUCCUACCUUGAUGCCUAUCAGGCUACCAAGGACAACUAUUUUGCAGAUGUUGCCAAGGACAUCUUCCAGUAUGUGUCAAGGGACUUGAGCCAUCCAGCAGGUGGUUUCUACAGUGCUGAGGAUGCCGUCCUGCCUGACAGUAGUGCCACAGACAAGAAGGAGGGAGCCUUCUGUGUGUGGACACAGCAGGAAUUGCAGGCACUUCUACCUGACAGGCUGGAGGGACAUGACGACAAGACAGAAGCAGACCUGUUCUCUCGGUACUACAACACUCAAGACACGGGGAAUGUUGAUCCCUACCAGGAUCCACAUGAUGAGUUGAAAAUGCAGAAUGUCCUGAUAGUGCGAGAUAGCGUGGAGAAAGUAGCUGAGGUGUUCAACUUGAGUGUCGAAACCGCAGAGCAAGUCUUGCAGAAGUGCAGAGAUGUGUUGUUUAAUGUGAGACUGACAAGACCGAAGCCACAUCUGGACAACAAAAUGGUGGCUGCUUGGAAUGGUCUGAUGAUAUCCGGCUAUGCCCGAGGAGGCCAGGUCCUUGGAGACAGCCGGUACACUGACCGCGCUGUGAAGGCUGCAGAGUUCCUGCAUACACAGUUGUACAGGGUGGAUACAGGGGUGCUGCUCCGGAGCUGUUACACCUCACAGCAGGAUGGCGUGGAUCAAAUCACCGAGCCAAUAGAGGGAUUUGUGGAUGACUAUUCCUUUGUGAUCCGAGGCCUGCUUGACCUUUACGAGGCUUGUUACGAUGUCCGGUGGCUGGAGUGGGCAGAACAGCUACAACAGAAGCAAAAUGAGCUCUUCUGGGACAGUGAGGGAGGUGGAUUCUUCAGUACAGAUGCCUCUGCAAAGAAUAUCAUCAUCAGAAUGAAAGAAGACCAGGAUGGAGCAGAACCCAGUCCGAACUCAGUGUCUGCAAUGAAUUUGUUACGCCUCUCCCACUUUCUUCAUCGUCCAGAAUGGCAGGACCAAUCUGAAAAGAUUUUCCGUGUGUUCAAUGAAAGGCUUACCCAGGUUCCCAUUGCCGUCCCAGAGCUGGCAUCAGCUCUCCUUUUCCACAUGUCCACACCAAAACAGAUCAUCAUUGCAGGAGACAGAGAGUCAGAGGACACCAAGGCCCUUCUGAGGACAGUCCACAAGCACUUCCUUCCCAACAAGGUGUUGCUUCUAGCUGAUGGCAACGUGGACAGCUUCCUGUACAAGAACCUAGAUAUCCUAAAGACCCUGCAGAAGGUGGAUGACAAGGCCACAGCUUAUGUCUGUGAAAACUACUCAUGCUCUCUACCAGUUAACACUGUGGAGGACUUGGAGAAGAUUCUGGAAUCAGGAUAGGCAUGUAUUCUUGGCACUGUCAUUUCCACUUGUUAAAGUGCUUAAAUUUUGUGUUUGGGAUUGUUGUGUUCUUGGUUCAAAGGAGCAUUUGCUACUCACAUCGCUUGUCAUAUGACGAUCUGAAACUAUCAUUACCAAGACGGGAAUGUCUUUUGAAUAUAGAUCACCUUGAAUUAUUGGGGGCUAUGAUCUCAUAAUAUAGUGACCUUUGGAUUUAAUGUAUAUGCUCCAAUGGAGAAUAUGUUUCAGAUGGACAAACCAUGAUUGAGGUCACCACACUAUAUAUUUACUCAAGAUCUGAUAUGGACAUUGAUACUGUCAGUAAACGUCUCAUCAUCUACUUCUCAAGUCUCCACUUUCUGGAUUACUAUGGCAACAUCUAUCCCUAUUUACAUCCAGUUCAUUAGUUAUUCAUGUGCAACGCCAGGACUUCAUGAAUGGAAAACUAUUGUCAUAUCACCAUUAUCCACCAGACCUAAAGUUACAUGUUGUCUUACCCCUGAAGACCCGUGUUAGAACUGGUCUUCACCAGCCCAUGCUUGUCUCCAUCCAUUAAAAUCUGGGUAAGAAUUGGUCGCCAGCAACAAAUGCUUGUCGUAAGAAGAGA